ACGCCGAUUGUUCGCCAGUACACGUUCGUCUUGAACACAGAGCGUAUCGGUUAUAUUUAUUGCGAGAAAACAUUUUUUUCGGUUGUGCACGAUGUUACUGCUAGCGUGAGUGUAUCAAUGAAAGAAAGUCAAGAUUAUUAUGCGACCUAUUAUGCCUCUAUCUCUUGACAAAGUCGAUGACUGUAUCUUAUUUUAUAAAAAGAAACUUGGUCUUUUCUUAACGUGAAAAAAAAAAAAAAGAAAAUUGGUCAUUGUCUGGCUACGAUAGAAGAAUGUGCUUAGGUGUGCGAUUGACAUACCGGAGCUGAGAUGUUCGUCGUGACGAAUUGUUUCGCGAUGAACUAAGUUCGCGAUUCAAGAGGCGACGUUUUUGAAUUGAGUCCACGAUCGUGCGCGACCAAGCAGACAAACGAGAUAAAAAAUAGAGAAGAAACCGGCGGCGGAGAAGUGAAAAAUGAGGGCCUCGUUGCUGUUGCUGGGGGGCAUCGUGGUAUUCUCGGUCGCAGUUGCGAGAGCUCUCUCCUGUGUCUGUUCACCCUUCGAGUGUGACAUUCUCACCGAUGAGGAUUGUCCCGGAGGCCUCACCUGGGAUCCCUGUAGAUGUUGUAAGGUGUGCGCUCGUGUCGAGGGAGAGCCAUGCGGUGGUUUGUUUGGAUUUUCUGGAAGUUGUGCCAACGGCUUACAAUGCGUCAUCAAAAACUUGCUGCCCAACACUCGAGAAGUAGACGAGGGAAUUUGUACAAAGAUCCCGGGCAGAUGGAGGAGGCAUUGUCCGCACGGGCAGAUAAUGUCUGAACCUGGUUGCAACUUAGUGUCCGAGGGAACCGCCGGAGAAAACGGAAAUACCGUGUCUACUGGAAAGUGCGUUUGUGGACCGUCGGUGCCUUGGUGUCCAAACGAACCUCGUCCUUAUGAUUAUUCUACCCAACACGAGUGCAAGCUCAAUUUGGCCGCAAAGAUGAAUUACGAUCUCUUUAAUUCUGGAAACACGGAAAGCGACGAUAUUCAAGGGGACACGCGUGGCAACGAGUGUCCGGAGGAUAGUGUUCAAGGGGAGGGCGGUGAGUGCAAAUGCAUCGACUGUCCACCGGUCGAGUGCGAAUCGGGUCAACGUCGGAUCCAGGUGAAGCCAGCGGAUCCAGAAACGCCGGGUAGCUGUUGCGCUCGUUACGAUUGCCUGCCCUCAGACUCUCGAGAAUCGGAGCCGUGCCCCGAAAAUAGCGUGUUAACCGAGGAUGGAAAGUGCGAGUGUGCGCCCUGUCCAAGGCCUACCUGUCAAUCGGGACAUCGCCCCGUACAAGUGAGAGCUGCCCUGGAUCGCGAGACACCCGGUAGCUGCUGCCCUCUUUACGAGUGCAAACCCGCAGAGUCCAUCUCAUGGAUAAAAGUGGCAACCGAGAUGACGAAACCGCCUAAAUAUUGUAUUUACGAGGGCAAAGCGAGAGAGUUGAACGAACGAUGGCAGCCAUCCGAUUGCGUUAGCUGCGUCUGCCAGGAGGACGGGAUGGUAUCCUGCCAAGAAUCAAUGUGCAAAUCCUGCGAGAACGCGAUUCCUCCCGAUCCUGGCGAAUGUUGUCCGCAUUGUCCACCGCUUACAAACACGACGUUCCUCCGAUCCGAGAUACCUUGUCAAACUUCUCUCGACGGUUGCGAGUUAACAUGCGAGCACGGUUACGUGAGAGACGAGAGCAAUUGUCCCAUUUGUAGUUGCGAUAAAUCCGAGAGAAACGAUGUGAUAAUAACGGAUCGUCCUACUACUAACGACGAAUCCAAAAACAUUUGCCCAAAGUUUCACUGCGAUUUCGGUUGCAAGAUCGUAAAGGACGAAAAUGAUUGCUCGAUCUGCGAUUGCCAGACUUUUGAACAACCUACCACCGACGCUGUAGCGAUCGACGAAGCCGGAAAAAAGAUUUGUCCCGAGGUGAAGUGCGACUUGCACUGCGAACGAGGAUUGGUCAUGGACGAAAACGAUUGCACAUUUUGCAAAUGCCGAACGCCAGAAUCGACAAGUUGUCCACCUUUAAUCGGAUGCAGAAAACGAUGCGCGUUUGGUUACAAAACGAACAAACGCGGCUGUUCAAUGUGCCGAUGUCGCGCUUUCUGCGUGGACCACGCGAACGGAACGCAUCCGGAAGGAUCGACUUGGCAUCCGAACUCAUGCACCUCGUGCACCUGCGACACCGGAGGGAAGCUUAGCUGCAAAGAGACUGUUUGCUCGAUAGCCUGCAACGAUCCGUUGCCCGCGAAACCUGGAACUUGUUGUCCGAUUUGCCCGAUCGCGCCGACGAAAGGUAACGGCGCGACGAACGGCGGUCACCACCAGGGCAAAGGAUGGGGCACAGUGCCGAUCGUCUUGAUCACGAUACUCUCCUUGUUCUGCCUGAUGCUCAUCGUCCACAUUCUCCACAGUCGAUUCCGAGCCCGCCUCUCGCCCUCCGAGACCUCGUACUCCAUCUACCCUCCCCAAUAUUACAAAUGCGUGCCAGUGUACGACACGCCGGUGCAUCGAAACGAGAAAAUUGUACCCUUGUAAAAAAAAAAGACUGUUUGUUUUUGACGACAACCGGGGGAAACGUGGGAUUAUAAUUUCUUGGACAGACGGAAGUUAUGAUACGUCUGACGGCGGCGGCGUCGUCGAUAAUCGCGCCGGGAAAUAAGGGAAGAAAGUUGAGGAAGUUGAAGAAGUAGAGGAAUAAUGGAAAAAUCAUCAUACUCGGUGCCGACAAAGUCCAAACUUUUGACGUUUCGCCGGUCCAAUAUAAAAUACCAAUAUUGUAGAUUCAGUAUUAUUUAUAUAGCGGACGGUUUUAAGAGAUUGUAAGAGAAGAAUGUAACUGAGAUGUGUAUAGAGGCCGAUGCUUCGUGAACUACGAUUGUCGGUAAUCCCCUCUCCGAAUUCCUUUCCCUCCCCCUUCCCCUCCUCCCUCGGCUCUAAUUCGAUAUGAUAUCGUGUUGCGAUAUGUAAAUUGUAAUACAAAAUGCAAAUAUGUAAUAGAAAAGCUAGCGUAAUUAUCACGAGGAGGGUGUUAAAAGUAUAAAUACGCUAAAAACAAGAUAAACUCAGUAGAGAUCCUAAACUCGAUCGAGAAUCGAAUAGAAGAGAGAAGUCUUUAUAGUCCAUUUAGUAUUAGUUCCCUCGAUCUCUGGACCAUGCGUUGUGUUGUGUUUCGUAUCACGAAACUUCUGUUGCUGUUUAUUAUUAUUAUUAUUCUUUGGACGAUUUUAUAUCGGCUUUCUUGCGAUUUUUUUUUUCCUUUGCCGUACACCAUUUCGACCAAUCUUAUUCUCUUUUCUUCUCCUACUUUUUUCUCUCCCUUUCUCUCUCUCUCUCUCUCUCUCUCUGUUUCUGCGUAAUUUUCGCUUUCUCUCCUUCUCUGACAAUGCGUGGAAUGUCUAGCUUUAUUCGAUUUCAAGGGAACAGAAGAACGAUAUUAAAUUUACUAAGGAUUAAGCUAUGUAACACAUCCUGUUCUGCCACUUUGAGAUAGCUUUGAUCACGAGAUAGCGCAGUUUCAUGACGAAUUAAACCGGAAUCGUUUAAUUUUUCAUCGAUAGAUUCAAUCGUAUGCGUAAGAAAAGAAAACUUUCCCUUCUGCUUUCUAUUUGUACGAAUAACUUAUCGUAUCGGUGCAUUUAAUCCUCUAGAUUCUAGAUUCUCAUUUUACUUGAUUCUUUGUCCUUGUUUAUAUUUUACGUUAUGUAUUACGCGUAACACGUAAAAUCAAAUAUUUUAUCUAUAAAUAAAACUGCAAAUGAAACCAAAAAUAUCCCAAAUUUCAAGAUAUCUCGAUCUAACGUAUUUUCGAUAUACAUUGUUUCGUUUUUUAUCUUGACAAUUAUUUGUACAUAUUUGUUCGAGAUUAUCUAUUCGCUUUGUACACUCUUGCGAUAUUAAUUUAACAUUAUUAAAUUAAUUAGAAAAAUGUUACGCGUUCUACGAGAUCGUUCAUUUGUAUCUAUUUGCUCGUUUCUAGACUCGAUAUCGUGCAACAACGAUAACGACGUAAAACACAGCCUAUUAUACUUAUGAACUAUAAAAAAAGAAAAGCUAAACAAAAAGCGAGAGAGAGAGAGAGAGAGAGAGAAGUGAGAAUGAUGCAAAUAUGCACUGUUGAAUACACUGUAAGUACAUAUAGUUAUAUUAUGAGAAUGAAAGAGAGAGAGAGAGAGAGAAAAGAAUGAAAAAGAAAAAUAAUUAUGAGAGAAGAUAUAUUAAAAGUACCGAAGGGAACAGAGAUUUUUGCGUGUGCGUGUAUAUGAAUCGUGUGAAACAAUAUAAUAAGAGCGAAGAAUAAUUCGUUUGCAUCCAGCAUCUCGCGGAGUCGAUACCUAAUCGUUAUCGUUGUUAACACGAAAUAACCAAUUGUCGUGCAAAUUAAACAUAUCUCUGUGCUUGGAGGGAGGCGCGCGCGCCCGCACGUAGAACCUCGUCUUAUCAUUCCUUCUUCCCUAAACUAACGCGUACAUAUAUUUUUCCAAUGCGACACUCAUCAUGUCUUUAUCGUAUAUCGUCUCUAACCGUCUUUACCGUCUAAAUAAUAAUGCUAAAUAUGUCGCGUAUAUGCGUACUAGACUCGCGUGUAUCGUAUCUACCGUAUGUAGAACGAUCGUCGAUCGAAAAUCGCAGACUGUAUUUCGUACGUGUAAAUGUACGUUGGAGACAAUAUGUAUCGACGACAGGUUCGUACGAUGUUCCCGUGACGCGCGACGUCGAUGCGCGAGCCUCGAUCGUUUCUCCUUGUUCAUCGCGUGCUCUCGCGUUCGAAUGAUAUCGCGAAAUAACGAAAGAACUUGUCGGACAAAAAUUUGAUUCUCCUUUAGAAAAGAUCGAAUCGGACCAAAAUUAUUCGAAUGUUCGCGCUUCUCGGCUAUUUUUGCUGUUCAAAGGUUUAUAAAUACGAUAUCUCAAGGGUAAUAAAAAUCAUUUUGCGACUGUAUAUCGAAAUGAAAAGGAGAAUAAAGAGCGAAUGAUCGUCGAACGAGGAGAAUCGCGACAUUAAUUAAAAAAUCUUGCGAGGAACGCGAUGAAAAGCAAGGCAAUCAAGGCUAAUCGAGAAACGAAUAGUCUCGUGUUUGCGCGCUCUUUUUGUGUACAGUUUUAACGUAACGAAAUGUCAUAUCAGUGUAACCUAGACUUAUUUAAUAUGUGCGAACUCGUAUGCAUUUUAAAAUCGUGCAUCGUGUUUAAAGAAAUAGCUCUUGUAUGUUAAAUAAAACGACAUUAAAUAAAAUUGUUGAUAUGUGAUAUAUUGUA